AUGGCGGUCAACCCCGUGCUGGCGCAAGAUGCUUCAACAAAAGAGACCUUCCCGUUGCCCGUUCCGGGAGAAGUCUUCUUCCUCAAGCGGGCUCACAUCGACUUCAAGCUGACAGGGCCUACAAAUCUCAAAGCCAGCGGAGGAGUGUUUUUCUUGAGCAGCCGUCGCAUUGUCUUCGUCAAAAAGGGAGAUGUCAGUAAACACAAGGACUUCUCGUCAUUCGAGCUACCCCUGCACCUGGUGUCGGAGCCCAAGUUCGAGCAGCCGAUCUUCGGCGCAAACUACAUGCGCGGCAAAGUCCAGCCUCUGGAGUCUGCUGAAAACCCUCUAAGCGGCACGUCGAAAUGGUCGCUGACCUUCAACGCCGGGGGAUGCGGAACUUUCCUCAACGUUUUCUACAAGCUCUGGCAGUACGCGAUCAAACACCAGCCUCCAAGUCCGGAGCUCGUUCAGCAGCUGCAACUGGGCAACAGCGCGGCGUUCGUUGACCCCAAUGAUCCUUCAACGAUUUAUGUGACGCAGCCUGUCCCCGCAGGCGCGUCUCCUGCAGCGCCUGUCCCCCCGCCGAACUACUGCUCUCUUCCUCCACAGCAGCCGCCAUACUACUACCCUCCGCCUGGGGUACCAGUCCCGCCUGGUACUCCGUAUUCUCCGGCUGGGGGAGUCCCCUAUGCUGCGCCGGCAGGUGCUCCGGGCGCCCCCCCACCUACUCCGAUGCCAUACCCUCCGGCGGGGCCCGGGUACCCGCCCCAGGGCCCGUACCCCUAUCCCCCUCCGGGGGGUGUCCAACCUGUUUACGUACCGCGCCAAGGGGCCUGCCCGCCGCCAGGGGUCUCGGCGUCUCCGCCAGGGCCUACUGUUCCGGCUGGUGAUCAGCCCCCCGCACAGUAG